AUGGACCAAGAAUCAUUAGAGUUGACUCCAUUGUUACAACGACCGUAUCAACGUCAAAAAUUAAAGUCUUGUUUAGUUCAAAUGUGCUUGGCGACGAUGAUUUGCUUGUUAAUGUAUGGUGUUAUUCGAGGUUUAGUGGCGUUAAUUCAUGCGAAUAUACUACAAGAAUCCGAUGCUUUUCCAACAGUAAAGUCUCUUAGUCGGAGAGGAGACUUAAUUUGUAAUGGGAGCGCAGAUCUGUGUGAUUUGCGAUAUGAUCAAACAUAUCCUGGCACUCAUAAUAGUGGCGCGUAUGAUCUAAAAUUUGAUUGUAAAUCUUCGGCCGCUAUUUGCGGUAACAAACUCAAACCUAUUUCGAAAUUGUGUGAUGUGUUUCAAGUUCUUUGCAUUAAGAAUCAAGUACCAAAAAAUAUAAUUGAGUGUCUUUGGGAAAAUAAUGUGGGACAUGAUGUGGCAACACAGUUAAAAGAUGGAAUCCGUCUUUUCGAUUUCGAUUCUUGUGUUCUUAUAGACACCGGAGAAGUUGUCAGAUGCCAUGGCAAAAAUGGGUUUCGAGCAAUUGGAGAUGGAUUUGAUCCAGUACUCAAAACGAUACGUGAUUUUUUGGAUGCAAACCCAAAUGAAAUUUUAACAAUUGAAUUCAACGACGGAGAUGGUGACUACGCAAAACUUGCGGGAGACAUUCAAUCAAAAUUGGAACAAUAUUUCAUUACGGAACCGGGACAUUCAAUGCUAGUCACACGAGAAGAUAAUAACGCACCAUGGCCAACUCUACGACAAAUGAUUGAAACUAAUCAACGAAUCGUGGUUUUUUUCGGUUACUUUUAUGAUUCGACGCCGAAUCGUAAGCCUUGGAUUAAUAGUAAAAGUUAUUGGUUGACUGAUUCCUAUACAUACACCGCACCAGCCGGAAGUGCCGCACGUUUAGAUCAAAGUUUUACAGAAUGGUGUCAAAAUUCCACUAAUAUAAUCGAGAAUGAUAAAAAGAAUGGACGUGUAAAGUGGCAGGCUAUUGAUGAAACAGUUGGAAUUGUACCAGACACACUUUCCUCUAUAAAACUGGACACUAAGCCAGAUAUCUGUCUAGGAGAUCUUGCAAGAUCGGUGAAUUAUGAUCUGUUGGAUCGUGUUGCAAAUCGGUGUUAUCCCGCUUUUCCUUAUAUUUUUCGAGUACGUCUAGAUUUCUAUUGGGAAACUUCCAACUUUAUCGUAAAAGUCGAAGAACACAACACGCGGGAAUUGGCAUUAAAAGAAGACGUAAAUAAUACUAACAUAAUGACAAAUGAAUUCAACGAUAGGAAAUUUAAUUUCAAUUCACCAUUAGCUCGUAAAAUUAUCUUGGUUAUAUCUGCAUUGAGUCUAGUUAACGUUGGAAUUUGGAUUGCUUGCGCUCUUUUAUUUCGUAAUUAUCCCGGACAAAUUGCAACUGCAACAUUAGCAUACACUCUAGGACUUCGUCAUGCGGUUGAUGCUGACCAUUUAGCCGCGAUCGAUAACAUUACCCGUAAAUUACUUCAAUCUGGAAAUAGGCCGGUUGCAGUUGGACUAUUUUUCUCGCUGGGCCACUCAACAAUUGUGAUAAUAACUUCAAUUGCACUUGCUGUGACUGCAACGACAUUUGAGAAUAGGUUUGGUAACUUUAGUGAUACCGGAGGUUUAAUUGGCACUGCAGUUUCCGCGACGUUUCUUUUCGUGAUCGGUAUUAUGAAUUUGAUCGUGUUCCUCUCGAUAUAUCGAUCUUUUAAGCGCCUCAAAAAAACUGGUUCUUAUAAAGAAGAAGAUAUUAAUGAUAUCCUUAAUAAAAGUGGAUUACUUGGCAGAUUUUUUGCACCAGUUUUCAGAUUCGUUGAUGCAAGUUGGAAAAUGUAUCCGCUUGGAGUGCUAUUCGGAUUCGGAUUUGACACGAGCACCGAAGUUGGACUACUCGGAAUUUCAGCAUUUCAAGCUGCUCAAGGAUUCCCUAUCUGGCAGAUUUUAUUCUUUCCUUUAUUAUUUACCGCUGGAAUGGCAUUAGUCGACACCAUUGAUGGUAUCCUAAGCUUGGGUACCUAUACAUGGGCAUAUAUCAAUCCGGUUCGUAAGAUAUAUUAUAAUCUAGUGAUUACUUUCCUUUCAGUUGCCGUGGCAUUUUCGAUUGGUGGGAUUGAAUUAUUGAAUAUUAUCAGCGAGAAAGCGGAUUUGAACGGACCGUUUUGGAACUUUUUUGCGAAUUUAGGAGAGGAUUUUGGCACGAUUGGUUAUGCGAUUUUAGGACUAUUUAUUCUGACAUUUAUCUUGGCUAAAUUAUACUAUAACUUUGCCGGGUAUGAUAAGUUGGAAGAAAAAGUUUGUACACGGAAAAUGGCGGUUACUGCAGGAAGUUCUUUUGAUUCGUCUAAUAACGAAAAUACUAAACAUCCAACAGACGAAAAAAAUGACAUUGUUGAGAUUAAUGUGGACUCCAACCAGUAA